UGUCCAAAGCCUAACGUCAUGGAAAGAGUUACUUUGUUGCAGCGCGCACAGGAAUAAACCCAAGAAAUAAUAGUUGCCCGUGGUGUGUGUUGACACCGUGCGGGAGCAGAUUGUUUGGUCGCCGAUUAUUAUUUUGUUUUUUGGGUUAAAUUUGAGGAAUCGACCGAAGAUGCGCAGGAACCUGUUUACAAGGAAAACGCAGCAAGUUUGAGUCUGAGGGAAUGCGGAGCAGGCUCAGAAUGCACAGGGAUACCAUUACUCAUCCCUCUGUUUUUCUUCACGCCGGGACACUUUGUCUUGGAAAUAUUUUCAUCAAGGAUCUUUUCUUGGCUCCGUGAUGAGAAACAAGUGUCCGAUAAGUGAACAACGCGAGGUCGCAGUCCAGUUUCUGAGGAUUAAAACCACCGUCGGUGCUUUCGGAGGAGCUCUUUGGUGAAACCAGUUUUGUUUCUGAACCUGUUGACUUUGUGAUGCCAAACGAGGUAGAAACUCUCUCUGUUAUGAGGGAGGUUAUGUGUUAUAGAGCCUUUAUAGCCUAAAGUUACUGUUAGAUUUUUUUUAAGCACAAUAGAUAAGACAAUAGAGCGGUAGCCUCAAUGGGCUGAGGAUGCUAGUGGCAACAGUAGGCUUAUUUUAGACUGUGUUUUGGCGGAUAGAAGUAAUAGUUUACUCCUCCUGUGUUUGUGAAGCAUCCGAUCAUUAAAUUUACAUAGGUCGUCUUGUGCUGCUGCACACCUGAUCCAACAGCUGCCAUGUAAUUUGAGAUGAGUUUUAAUAUUACAGUGAGCUUGUGUCAGAUGUUUCCAACACAGCAUGCAUCAAGACAGUAGCGUCAGUAUAUACUAGGCACUAUGUGCAUGUAGAAUUUUUCUGGUUUAGGCCCCACUGGAGUAUCAAGAUGUCAGUGAAAGCCAAAGCCAUCUACACUUUUCAAAGUGAAAACAAGGAGGAGAUCAGCAUCCAGGAGAACGAGGAACUGGUUAUCUUUGAUGAGAACUCAGUGGACGGCUGGUUUCAGGGGGAGAACAGCCGGGGGGAGAGGGGUCUUUUCCCGGCGUCUUAUGUGGAAAUUAUUCGCACUCGCUCAAACUCUAAUGUGACUGACUGCUCCAUCAGCCCAGCAGGCUCUUUAGGAAAGGACUCCUCUUAUUUCUCCUCAAUCCCAAUCACCCCUCCUCAUUUGCAGCCACCGUACGAUGACGACGAAGAUGAUGACUGGGAUGACUGGGAUGACAGGUCUACUGUGGUGGAAGAUGCUGACCACUCUAGGAGCCCCGGGGCCAAUGGACAUGCCCAUCAGAGCCCACUGUCCAACAACCCCAAUGUGCACUACCGGGCCAAACCACACAUGGAGAGACAGGACAGCAUCUCCAGCUCCAGGAAAGGCAGUAUGGUGGGCAGGAACUUGAACCGAUUUUCCAGCUUUGUCCGCUCAGGGGUGGAAGCAUUUGUUCUGGGUGAUGUACCCAUGAUGGCAAAGAUAGCUGAGUCAUACACCAUUGAGAUGGGUCCCUUAGGGCCCCGGUGGAAGGAGAGCCCACUGCCUUUCUCCUGCUCCAUUGAAGACCCCACAAAACAGACAAAGUUCAAGGGCAUCAAGACCUACAUUUCGUACCGGGUCACCCCGAGCCACACAGGGCGUCCUGUCUACAGGCGCUACAAACACUUUGACUGGCUGUACAACCGCUUACUGCACAAGUUCACUGUGAUCUCCGUGCCUCACCUGCCUGAGAAGCAGGCUACAGGGAGAUUUGAGGAAGACUUUAUCGAGAAGCGUAAGAGACGGUUGAUACUGUGGAUGAACCACAUGACCAGUCACCCAGUCCUCUCCCAGUAUGAAGGCUUUGAGCACUUUCUGAUGUGUGCUGAUGACAAGCAGUGGAAACUGGGAAAGAGACGGGCGGAGAAGGACGAGAUGGUGGGCGCCCAUUUCAUGCUGACCCUCCAGAUCCCUAAUGAGCACCAGGACCUUCAGGAUGUAGAGGAGCGGGUGGAUUCCUUCAAGGCCUUUGCUAAAAAAAUGGACGACAGCGUGAUGCAGCUCACACAUGUUGCCUCAGAGCUGGUGCGUAAACACCUUGGUGGGUUCAGGAAGGAGUUCCAGCGGCUGGGAAAUGCCUUUCAGUCUAUCAGCCAGGCAUUCAUGCUCGACCCUCCACACAGCUCAGAUGCCCUCAACAACGCCAUCUCCCAUACAGGCCGCACCUAUGAGAACAUUGGAGAGAUGUUUGCAGAGCAACCUAAGUAUGACCUCUUCCAAAUGCUGGACAAGCUGUCACUCUACCAAGGCCUGCUCGCCAACUUCCCCGACAUUAUUCAUCUACAGAAAGGUGCCUUUGCCAAGGUGAAAGAGAGUCAGCGGAUGAGUGACGAAGGGAAGAUGGACCAGGACGAGGCCGACGGCAUUAGGAAACGCUGCCGGACGGUUGGUUUUGCCCUCCAGGCAGAGAUGAGCCACUUCCAUCAGCAGCGAGAGGUGGACUUCAAAGACAUGAUGCAGGCCUACCUCAGGGAGCAGAUAGCCUUUUACCAACGUGUUGUUCAGCAACUGGAGCGCACCCUGCGCAUGUACGACUGUCUGUAAAGACACCAAAUUGCUCCCCCAGUUCAAGAUGCCAAAAAACACACAGAGGAGGCAGAAAGGAAGAUCCAGGUCUUGACUCUUUCAUCAAGGCAUUUUGUUGUUGGCCAUAUUUGGCUCAGUUUGAAAAGACUUGCAGAUAAAUGAAGCAGUAGUUACUGGAAGACAUACAAAGCCAGUCAGUCUUUCACCUUGAUGGAUUCAAAGUCAUAUUGUUGUUUUGUUUUUGUUUGUGUUUUUUUUUUUUCAAAGACCUACUGUACCUUUUUUUCUGAAAUACACAUCACAUAGGCAAUGUCACAGCAUUUUGUUUAUUUUACAUAAUUUAAGGUGUUUGUAACACUAAGAUAAGAAUAUAGGUUUCAAAUUCAUAGUGGAUCUAUAGUUGAUUGUUCCAUAGUGUAACACAUGAAAGCCAUGAAACGGGUUUUUAUUUUGAAACUGUCCCCUUCUCUCCAACAUCAUGCACUUUGGCUGCUCCAGGGACUGAUUCCAGUUACUUCCUACAUGUGAGAAAAAAAAAAUCACAAUAAAUAAACAUUCCAGAUCAUCCAGUCACUUUUAUCAAAACACAAAAGAUAGUAUUUCUAUCCAGUCAACUGUACAAUAUAUCAUAUGGGGAAUUUCCUCUGAUUCAUAUUAAGGGCUCAACUUGCUCAGGUGUUCACUGCUUAGUUUCACUUACUUUCUUUUUGUUAUCUCUUUAUACAAGUCAGAGAAGCCUGUCUAAACCUUGGACGAUGUUAAUGACACCAUGUGAUCCAGUUUCGUUUUCUUACUUUUUUUUUCCAUGAAUUACGUGCCUUUAAGGAUCUGAGGCAUUCUGAUGGAAUAUUUGUAAAUGGACCAUUUGUCUGUAGCAUGGCAUGUGUUGUGUAGGGUGAAUUGUUGGAAUGAGUUGUGUUUAUAGACAAGUUUGCACAUGUUUUUUUUAUAUACUGAUGGGUCAUAGUGCGUGUGGUUGUGUUUAUGUGAAGGUGAAUGAAUGAAAUGGAUCAACAGCUGUGCUGAUCAGUUCCCUUUGCUGUGGUGAAAAACAAACAAUCCUGUGUUUUUAUGUAGCAGCAGGUUUAUCCAGUCAUUUUAUAUGGGAAAUAGUCAGGUAUGAUUAAACUGGUUGUGUGAGGCAGAGCAUCAAUUUGGCGUUUCAGUGUUUGUAUUAGAUCAUUUCAUUGACAAAAAAACCCCCAAAUUCUUCCUAUUACCAGAGUUUUUGUGUUUCCAUGUAUUGUGGGUUAAAAAUGAUUUGUUCACUGUUUAGAAUUUUUAAACCACAUUAAAUGCACAAGUAAAACCAAAUAAUAUUAUUCAGAAUAUGCCUAGAAUCUGACAUUUUGGAAAAUGUGCAUACUUGAUUUUUUUUUUUUUUUUUAAGCAGAGUUAGUGAGAAGAUCAAUAGCAUUCAGUCUUUCUGUUAAAUAAGAAGCUACAGCUAGUAGGUAGUUAGCUUUGCAUGAAUACUGGGAAGACAGCUAGCCUUACUCAGGCCAUUGGGUAACAGCACCUGCCAGAACCUUUAAAGCUCAGUAAUCAGCAUGUUAUCUCUCAUCUGUUUAUUCUACACAAAAAUGAAAGUGUAAGACUGUCAGUGUGUGGUUUUACAGGGGGUUAACCUUUCAAGAAAUAGUCUCGCACAUAACCACCUGUAAAACCACAACUUGUCAUUCUUACAUUUGGGUUUUUGUGCAGAGUAAACAAACAAGAUGCAACGUGUUAAUUAGUGAACUUUGGAGGUGGAUUUUAAUGCUGUGCUAAGAUAACCAGUUGCUGAAUGGACCCUCAAAUUUAUCCUGCAGAUAUGAGUAGCAUCAAUCUUCUCCUUUAACUCUGUCCAAAAGACAAAGUUACACAUAUUUUCCAAAAUGUUGAACUACUCCUUCAAUAAUGAUCCAUGUACCAUAUUGCUUUUAUUUCACUGUGAUCACAGUGUAGACGUGUGAAGUUCUGAAAUUUAGCUUUUAAUUUGACAUUUCUUCUCAUUUUUCCACGUCACAUGAGAUCCGUAUGACCAUGAGGAUUAGAGUCCCAAUCCUCUCUGUCUGAGUGAGUGUUUAUUACUAAAUAAGAGUUGUUCUAGUAACAUUACUCAUCCUGUUUAACAAGAGAACAGUUUCACGGCAACUUGUGGUGUAGACGAGACUAUCUUUAGCAUCGUGUCGACCUUAGAGGUGCAUGUGGAGUCUGCGUUGCAAUUAUGAGCAUUACCUCAAGAAGUGUAGGGGAUGUAUUUAUGAGCUUGACGUUGCUUUUCCUCAAGUAGCUUCCAAUGUUUAUUUGCAAGUUGUGAGACACUGAUUCUUGAUUUUGAUGGAAGAGGGGUUGAUCUCUCAGUGGUGCGUUUGGGUGCGGAUGAAAAUUCAUUGUGUGAAAUCUCUGCCUGUUUUUCAGUUUCCGAAUUUGAAGUUAGAACCUUAUUGUGGCUCUUCCAUAACAAAGAAGUGCUGAUUCAGAGUGCAGGUUUCUCAGUAAACAAAUGGUCUGUGUAUGUGUGUGUUUGUGUGUGACUCAGAUAUGAGUGUUGUCUCAGUUACUUUGCUGCUCAGUCCACAUCUGCAGCCCUUAACUCUUUGCUGUCUAAAUGUGGCAUUGUUUAUGUUUGGUUAUUUUUGAGCAAACCUCUGCUUUCCAUAUGUCAGCAUUUUUUCUUUUUUGGUCAGCAGUUGCACUCAUUGCAGUUUCUCCAAGACCAAAGAAGUCAGACAUUUUCUAUACUGAACAAAUUGGUUCUCUGGUUUUGUAAUUGAAUCUGUUCAACUCCGAGGAAACUGUGAAGAGAGCAUUUGGAAAGAACGAAAAAAACAUUCCACAAAGACAAUAUCAUGGACACCAAAGGCAAAGACAGAUUUUUGGCAAAAGAAAAAUAAGAAAAGUGCAGAUGAAAGAGUGAAAUCCUUUCAAAAAAGUACUUGCAGCCCCAACCAGGUUUCAUAAUGACACUUGCCUCAUGUUCCAAAGCUGCAUGAUAAGUUAAAUGCCAGGCAUUUCACACAGGUGACUGUUUCUUAACAUGGAUGUGUGACCUGGUGAGUUGCAGGAGCUCUAUGCUUUAGUUUGAGUCUCUGAAAUAACAAGACGAUGAUUUUCAGUAAGUAAUUUGUCACUUGAUUUAAGGGAAGGGGACAUAAAAAUCUUAAUAAAAGUAAUGAUGGUGA